GCUUCUGCCGUGAUUGGCACAGGAAGGGUGGGGAUUUCUACUCUUCUUGCGGAAUCGCCAUCAAGAGAUUUCGGAAGCACAAUUUUUAAAACAGGGGAUGGUAGUGACCGCUCGUCCUAUCGCCCCGCUAUAGUUCUGUUCAAUGAUAACACAGUAUAUUCUACAACCUUGGAAAAGUGUCCGUACUGACUCUCGCGGUGCCUACCGUAUACUGUCUGGAUCCGAGUUCUGGUCACUUAAUAAUUGUGGCUUGAUAAUGAAAUGACAACAGGGACACGGGAAUGUAAUAUUUCACGUUGAGGAUACUGUUCAACUGUAACCACACGCUUCGGCACUCAAAAUGUCAACAUUUUUUUCACGUGUUGCAGAAGCCAUAGUUCGGUCUAUGAGAUAAGAAUACAUGCAUUAAGCACGCAAUUAGGCGUUGCAUAGUUAUUUGCCGCCAUCGUACGUAACAUAGUUCAUAAAACUACUUUAGUGCUUGUGAUUUAGGUGAGUUGCAGUUGAGUUUUGACGGGUUUUAACAGGAGCAUGAAAACUGAGCGAGCGCUAUCCAGCAGGAAGUCAUGCUAUAUCCGUGAAGUGCGCAUGCGCCGCAGCUCUCUACAAUCUAGGGAUGCGUUUGUCUUCAUAAAACGAUGAACAAACUCCCGAGUAGCUGUUGCACGCAAGCGGCCCCCCCUCUCUAGGCUACUCUCAUGAGUGUGAUGGCGACCACCGAGGAGGUCACGGUGUCCAUGGGGGAGGUGGUGAUGGUGGGGAAGGGUGAGGAGGAAGGUGAUCCUGAUGACCCCAAUAAGACUCAGGUCAUCCUUCAGCUCCAGCCAAUCACCGUCGGAGAUGAGUCCGCUGAAACAGAUGCAGCUGUCAUGGCUGUUGAAUCUUCUCCAGAGGAAACCGAGGGAGACGACGUCGAGAUUGGCUGUCCUAUAACAUGCGGCGACAGCAAAGCUGUAUUGCUACUGAAGAAAUUUGUGUGCCCAGGAAUCAAUGUGAAAUGUGUGAAGUAUGAAGACCAGCUGAUCAGUCCCAAGCAGUUUGUGCACAUCUCUGGAAAAGCCACUCUGAAAGACUGGAAGAGAGCCAUCAGGAUGGGGGGCGUCAUGCUAAGAAAAAUGAUGGAUUCAGGUCAGCUGGACUUCUACCAGCACAGCACGCUGUGUACCAACACGUGUCGAAGCACCAAGUUUGACCUUUUAAUCAACAACACGCGCUUCCCCCCGGACGGCAGCGGGCUUACCACGCCUACGUCCUCUCAAGCUCAGGUGGUCCUGGGUAAUGGCGGAGCAGCCGGCGACGAUAGAGCUGAGGUCCUGAGCGGGAAGUCGGACUGGAGCUCGAACUCACUUGAAGAAAAGAAAGGAUCUAAUGAGAUCUCAGAGGACACGCUGAACUUCUGGAAGGGCAUCGCCGAUGUGGGUUUAUUAGGUGAAGUGGUGACGAACAUCAACACGGAGCUGCUACAGCUGUUGAAUGGCGUGCAGCAGCGCACGGAGCCCGCUGCUCUACAGGACACAGAUUCCUGUCUGGUAGAGGUGGCGGUGCUCAGUAACCUUGCCCAAGUCUUCGGCCUCCUCGACUCGGUCAAGAAGAUUCUGGAGAGGAGGAGGCAGCAGACGGAUCCCGGCCAGGAGGAAAUCCUCAGCACACUCACCAACCUGGAGGUGCAGCUGGAAGAACAGAGGAAGCAGCAGCAGGUCCGCGCUCUACUCUCCUGUCCGCAGCCCGCGAGAAAUAAAACUCCCACCAAGCGGCCGACCAAGCGGCCUCGCCUCCAGAGGCCGGCCUCCUCCACCGCCACCAUCCUGACCUCCCCCAUCAGCCAGCAGCCCACCCUGCAGCCCCAGCAGUUCACCGUUCUUUCCCCGAUCUCGCUCUCCUCCGUUGGCCAGCCGUUCACCGUGGCAGGCCUGCCCAUCGCGUCCCUGGCCCAGUCCUCCAACACGGUCACCCUGCUCCCCGCCGGAUCGCAGCUCUUUACCCGCUACAUGGUGGCCGGGGACGGAAAGACGGACACCAUCACCUUGCACCCGUCCUCUGGCCUCACGCUGGUGGGCACCACCGCCAUGCAGGACUCCGGCCAACUGGGUACAGUCAUGAGCCCCGUCGAGCUGGUGCAACUGAGCCAGCAGGCUGGCGGCGCGGAGGUGAUGCCCAUCGAAGGCCAGGUGGUGGACGGGACCAUGCUGGUGCAGCAGGAGGUGAUGCAGGGCGAGGUGGAGGCGAGCCAGGAGCACACGGUCAUCGAAAUCAACCCGGCUCCGGUGGAGCAGACGGUGGGAGUGAUGGAGCUGCAGCUGACUGGGGAGUCGGGGAGGGACGGGGCCACCAUGGUGGUCCAGAGCGGGAUGGAGGUGACGAUGGCGACGGAGUCGGACGAGACGCAGUGCCAAAUGCAGGAGGCGCAGACUGAAGAGGUGCAGAGCCUGCAGCUGGAUACCGGCACUCAGCUGUCAGGGGUACAGAUAGUGGUGAUAGAAGAAAAUACUCAGGAAGAAAACGAGGUCAAAUGAGACACUCUCAUCCGGCACGGCAGGUAUGAACUCAUGGAUUGAGCCGUCACUGACUGGUGAAGCUGUAAAUAAACAGAAAUUUCCAAAUCCACAUAUUGCUUUGGCUUGAGGCAAAGCACUAGGGUCGCCAUUUUUCCUUUUUGGUGUGUUUGAACAUGUUCCCUUCAGCUUCGUUUUUAUUGAAACAAAGGGGCAUAGUAACAAAUAAUAUACUCAACGCUUCUGUUUGUUUUAUAUUCAAAGGGUAGCUCUGGUUCAUGACAAUGUGGAUCUUAUUUUGUGGUUUUAGCCCUCAAUUCUGUUCCGUUUAUGACUUAAAUGUUGAAACCUGGAAAGAUGGAGUUAUGGAAGCAUCACUAAAAUUAUGGCAAAUGAUCAAACCGGAUUUAAACAGUCCCUCAGUAGAACUAAAUAAAACAAAUCUCCUCACACAUAACCAUCAUCACAGGUUACAGGCUUUGUGGUUGACUCCAGUUUGUUCUAUACGGAUGCAUCAUUACCAACAAUAUUGGUUCCCAACAAUUUCCUGAAUCCAGCCUCCACACCCAAACAUAAAGAAUCUUUUGGUUACUGACUGAAGAUGUCUUACUUGGCUAGAAUCUAAAAUUGGACUAUAGUGAGUCUCCUGUCACACAAAGCAAAGAAAAACAGCAAAUCAUCACAAAUAUGGAGCUGGAAUAUUGCUUGAAAUUUGAGUUAAAAUAUUAAUUGAUCAUCAUUACCAUCGCAGAUGAAUUUCCUCUAAUAAUAAAAUGGCCACAAACUAAGACUAUGGAACCAAACCCUGUAAUAAGCCAUAAUUGUCUUUCAAGCCUCCACGAACAACCUGGCGACAAGAGAAUGCACAUGUAAGUUCACAUGUUCCUGUUAGAGACGCAGUGGCAGACGGCUGGAAGUCUCUGCCGUCCACCGGACUCAUUACCAGUAACAGUGUUGGCGUUACCUUAAGGCUGGGAAUUAAUUGCACUGUUUGUUGUGUCGCACCACGCUGAAUUGUUUUUGCACUGUGUGGCUCCCCGUAGGACUACAGUUACAAUGCUACAAAUGUCUGUUCCUUCUGAAUAUUCGGCGCGCCUUUUUAGGGGGCGUGCCGAGUGUUUCUCUUUGCGUAGUUGAAUGAAAACAGACUGAACUCCUCACUGGAACGGCAUCUUUUAUGCACUUUCCUCUGUGGUUCCUUACAGCCUGGUAGAUUGUCUCAGCUGUUCCUUCAUUGUGAACGCCUUUUUUUUUUUUUUUUUUUUUUUUUUUUGCGUUCUGUCAGUACCAUAGAUGGAGUGAGCUACUGGGCAGAUUGAGUCAGGACAUAAAAGAACAUAUAUAUAUAUACUUAACGUUAAACUUGCCUGUAUUACACACUUGUUAACUAGUGUCUUAUUUAUUAGUUUUGCGGCUGAAGAGAAGGGCGGGUUGUGCUGAAGGUGCAAACAUGAAUUAAUUUAAGCCCUUGGCUUUAGCUCACGUCGACAAAGAUCUGUUCAAGACCUGUAGUUUUCCAAUAAUUUAACAAAUGAGGGUAUUUGCAUACGAACUUUGUAAUGUGUUUUAAUAUCAGAUUAAAACUAAAAACAAAAAAAAAAAA